GAUCGCGAUUUUCAAACGGCUACGGCUGUCAUGGCUAAAAAAACUUUUGAUGUGGUAAAUAAAUCUGUUUAAAGUUUCGUUGGUCGGGAAUAUUGAUUGAAUAUGAAGAAUCGGUGAAGAUGAAUAAAAAAGCAGAUCCUCCUGAUGCGGGCAUUUUUGUGGGACUUCCCAAACUCUGUCCCCAGCCAUCACCCCGAGAGCUGUCUAAACUUUAUCAGAUGUCUGUACGUAACCGGGAAUAUCCACCCAUCCUGCAGAGUCAUUCACGGACUCUUGCGGUUCCUUAUAAAGAGCUGCGCUUCCACAGAUAUCCCUGUGAUUCAAUCGGGAAUAACUACAGGCUCAAAGCCCAACACUUAAAAAUAGAGCAUCUGCAUAACAGACGUCAGUCACAUCGCAGACGUCACCUGCAGACUCGUAUCCUUAAACUACAUGUGGCGCUUAAUAAACUCACUGACCUAAAAGUGUCCCACUUUAACUUUGCGUCAGUGCACUGUGAUGCUCCGGGUGUGGGGCGGAGAUUCAGGCGACCUACAGCACGAACACAAAGAAUGCCUGAGAUUUUAAGAAGGCCUCCAUUGUCACCAGUGCAGCAACUUGAAAUCAUACGACACCAGGACAGACAAAGAGAAGAGGCAGAGCCUACAGAGAAAGAGUUAAGGAGGUAUGUUUACUAUAUUACUGAGGGGAUUCAUGGACACAUGUUGGCUCCCCAACCACCAGAGCAAAUAACCAACAUCCUGAAGCUGCUGCCCAGUCAUAUCCACAGCGACGAGCUAAAGAUGCAGAUGAUUCUGGAACAUCUUCUGGAGGAGGUCCAGAGAGACUAUGAUUUCAGCCUUCGCAAGAGCAUCGUGGAUUACAUCCUGCUAGAUCCAGAUGAAAGAGUACGUCUGUCGAUCUCUGCUGUUCCCAAACUCUUCUCGUCCUGUGUCGUCCAUGCCCCUGUUCCCUGGUCUGACAGUUACCAGCAGGCUCAUAGUUGGCUAAACCAGAACCUGAACACAGUGAACCCCAUGCUGCUUCACAUCCAAAGACUCUGGAUGAGCAGUUUCUCAUCUUUGAGGUUUGUGCGCUUGGACGAUCUCUCGGUUGAUCAUCCUCUCCUGCCAGACGAAUUUGAAGAGUUGGUGCGCACACAGUGCCAAACCACCCGAGAUGAACUGCUUAACAAUUGGCUACCAUGCUGCGUUUCUCUCUUUGAGACUUUUACAGACGCAUGGCUGCCGCUAAUGCCAAAGAAAGGAGACAUUGCCCCAGUAAAGAUCAAUCAACUCUUCAACUGUGCGGCUGCGCUGAUGUCACUGCAGCUGCGCAGUCUGGUGAUAGCAUCACUGCAUGAUCUGCUGCAGUUUCUCCAGAUAUAUCAGGAUGGCAAUGAUUUUGGAGAGCGUUUUGAUAAACUGCAGUACACACAGCGUCCGCUGGUGUUGGUAAAGUUGAGACUGGAGGAGCCCAGAAUCAUGUUUGAACCCUCAUUACAAAGCUGCUGGGAUGUCAUACAGCAAGCAUUUACACAGAUCAUAACCAGCGCACACAAUAUACCACGGGUGGAGUGUAAACUGUUUUGCGACAUUGCAGACACUGUCACGCUGAGCUCAGUGAGACCUGAUGAGACUUUGGUCACAGACAUCAUGAACAGAGCCAGAGAGAUCUUUCAGAGAAACACCAUUGGACCCCAGAGGUAUGUGGAGGUAUACAAGACAUACUGUGAUGCACUGGACAUACAAGACAUAAUGAACUUUCUUAAAACUGAACACCUACUGCAGGGUUUUACUAAGACAAUAACCGGUGUGCAGAACGUCAAAGAUGAAGUAGCAUCUCUGCAUGUGACUGUACCGCUGUCACUGUUCUGUCUGGAUGCGGUGAACCUCAACCAAAAUCUGUGCGACAGGGCCGAACAUCUUGUAGAUCUUCUCACCACCUCUGUUACGGAAGAAACCCGAGAACUCAACAAGAGUAUCUGCCAUCGUUAUGAUGAGAUAGUGGACAGAAUCAUGAGCAAGCCAAGCAGCACAGAAGAGCUGGUGGUGUUAACCCAGUAUGUGAAACAAACCGGUGAAGUGACCGUAUGCAAACUGUGUCAGGAGACCGAGGAGGCCGUCAAGCGUCUCUACUUUCUGCUCGACUAUGGAGCUCUAUCAGCGGAGGAUAUAAAGCUGUUCAGCACUGUGAUCCACUGGCCGACGAAGAUCCUGUCCUCACUUGAGCGUAGUAAGACACAACUAGAUGAUCAGAGACACAAGGCUGGAUUGCAUCUGGUGAACAGACUGACGCAGCUGACCGACAAGACAUUGAAGGACAUAGAAAAGGAGGUGGACAGCUUCAAGAUGAAAGAGAAGAUGACUUUAGAGGCGAUGACGAACAAUGUGGAGAAACUCAAGGAGAUUAGCAGCAACCUUGCGGCUGUCGUGAAAGAACUUGAGGGCAUUAAUAGAGAGCAAGGCCUGCUGGAGAUGCAACAGAGCGAGUUUCCCGUUAUACAGAUGCUGAUGGCCAAGAAACAACCAUAUGACCAGCUGUGGACUACGGCGCUCGAUUUUCACACCAAAUAUGAUGUGUGGAUGAACGGUCCGUUUCAGGAUCUCAAUGCUGAGACCGUAUCAGAGGAGAUGGGAAACAUGUGGCGUGCCAUGUACAAACUCACAAAGCUUUUCCCGGAGCGCACUGCACCCAGACGUGUAACCGAGAAUUUCAAGAAAAAAAUAGACAAAUUCAAAGAGCAUCUGCCCGUUCUGAUGGCGAUCUGUAAUCCUGGCUUGAAGGACAGACAUUGGGAGUUGAUCAGUGGAGUUGUGGGUGCUGAUGUUAAACCGGACAAGGACACAUCCCUCCUUCAGAUGCUGGAGCUCGGACUGGCCAAGUACUCUGAAAAGCUGGAGGAAAUUGGAGCGACAGCCAGUAAGGAAUUUUCUCUGGAGAAAUCCCUGGUUAAAAUGAAACGAGAGUGGGCGGAGCUCCGCUUUGGGCUUUCUCCAUAUAAGGACACGGGUACGAGUGUUUUAUGUGCAGUGGAUGAUAUCCAGCUGUUGUUGGACGAUCACAUCAUUAAGACUCAGACUAUGAGAGGAUCUCCGUUCAUCAAACCCAUCGAGGCCGACACAAAGGUGUGGGAGGAGAAGUUACAAAACAUGCAGGAUAUAUUAGAUGCGAUGCUGCAGUGUCAGGCCAUGUGGAUGUAUCUCGAGUCCAUCUUCAGCUCGGAAGACAUCAUCGCGCAAAUGCCUGAGAACGGACGCAAGUUCUCCAUCGUUGACAGUUACUGGAGGACCAUCGUCACCGAGAUGUUAAAGGACCCGCGUGUGCUCGUGGCGACGGAGCAGCCCAACAUGCUGCCUCGCCUUCAAGAGUCCAACAUCUUUCUUGAGGAGAUACAGCAGGGCUUGAACUCCUACCUAGAGAAGAAAAGACUUUACUUUCCUCGGUUUUUCUUCCUGUCUAAUGAUGAGAUGCUGGAGAUCUUGUCUGAGACAAAGGAUCCUCUACGCGUUCAACCUCACCUCAAGAAGUGUUUCGAGGGCAUUGCUAAACUAGAAUUCACGACUGACCUCGAGAUCACAGGAAUGAUCAGCUCAGAGAAAGAGAGCGUUCCAUUAUUAGAGACCAUCCACCCGGUUAAAGCCAAGGGAAUGGUUGAAAAGUGGCUUCUUGAGGUUGAAAACAUGAUGUUGAGAAGCAUUCGAGAUGUCAUUAAGCAGGGAAUGAAGCAGUAUCCUGAGGUGCCCAGGAGGCAGUGGGUGUUACAGUGGCCGGGUCAGGUCGUCAUCUGUGCGUCCUGUAUCUUCUGGACCAGCGAAGUGUCUCUUGCUAUACAGACCAACACUUUAACUACUUAUGUUGAAAAAAGUAACGCUCAAAUUGCUGAAAUAGUCGAGCUGGUUCGAGGGAAGUUGUCUAGUGGUUCGAGAAUGACACUGGGGGCUCUGAUUGUGAUCGAUGUCCAUGCGCGUGACGUGGUGAGCAAACUGGCUCAGGAUGGAGUUUCAUCUCUGAAUGAUUUCCAGUGGAUUUCCCAGCUGCGGUAUUUCUGGGAGGAUGAGGAGGUCAUGCUAAGAAUGAUCACCACCAAAAUCAGAUACGGGUAUGAAUAUCUCGGGAACUCACCGCGUCUCGUCAUCACACCUCUGACCGAUCGCUGCUACAGGACUCUGAUGGGCGCUCUAAAACUGAAUUUGGGUGGAGCUCCAGAGGGGCCUGCAGGAACUGGAAAAACAGAGACUACUAAAGAUCUGGCUAAAGCACUUGCCAAACAGUGUGUGGUCUUCAACUGCUCUGAUGGUCUGGACUACAAAGCCAUGAGUAAAUUUUUCAAGGGUCUGGCACAGUCUGGAGCCUGGGCGUGUUUCGAUGAGUUCAACCGCAUUGAGGUGGAGGUGCUGUCUGUGGUCGCUCAGCAGAUUCUGAGUAUUCAACAAGCCAUCGCGCGCAACAUGAAAACCUUUAUAUUUGAGGGAACCGAGCUCUCUCUGAACCCAACAUGUUGUGUGUUUAUUACCAUGAACCCGGGAUACGCAGGCCGAGCUGAACUCCCAGAUAACCUGAAAGCCCUGUUUCGCACAGUUGCGAUGAUGGUUCCAGAUUAUGGAUUGAUUGGUGAGAUAUCGCUGUAUUCGAUGGGAUUCACAGCAUCUCGGAGCCUGGCUCAGAAGAUUGUUGCAACGUACCGUCUGUGUUCGGAGCAGCUCUCAUCUCAACCUCACUACGAUUAUGGGAUGCGUGCGGUGAAAUCAGUCCUUACCGCGGCAGGAAAUCUGAAACUCAAAUAUCCACAGGAGGAUGAAAGCGUGUUGCUUCUUAGAGCUCUCAUGGACGUCAAUAUGGCCAAGUUUUUGGCGCAGGAUUUGCCGCUGUUUCAGGGCAUCAUCACUGAUCUGUUUCCUGGAGUCCUGCUGCCCGAACCAGAUUAUGACUUACUGUUAAAAGCUUUGCAUGACAACAUGGCCAAAAUGAAACUCCAGCCCGUACCAUGGUUCAUCAGCAAAAUUAUACAAGUGUAUGAAAUGAUGCUGGUAAGGCAUGGUUUCAUGAUAGUUGGAGAGCCAAUGGGAGGAAAAACCUCAGCUUAUAAAGUUUUGGCUGGAGCUUUGAGAGAUCUUUAUAAAGAAGGGCUGAUGGAGGAGUUUGCUGUAGAUUUUCGUAUCAUCAAUCCAAAGGCGAUCACGAUGGGUCAGCUGUACGGAUGUUUCGAUCCCGUCAGUCACGAGUGGUCGGAUGGUGUACUGGCCACAUCAUUUAGACAGCAGGCCCAGUCCACUUCAGAGGACCGGCAGUGGAUCAUAUUUGAUGGGCCUAUUGACGCCGUCUGGAUUGAGAACAUGAACACUGUUUUGGACGAUAAUAAGAAGUUGUGUCUGAUGAGUGGAGAGAUCAUUCAGAUGAGUCCAAAAUUGAGUCUGAUCUUUGAGCCUGCAGACCUGGAGCAGGCAUCGCCCGCUACUGUGAGCAGGUGUGGUAUGAUUUAUAUGGAGCCACAUCAGUUAGGUUGGACUCCUUUCAGAGACUCUUACAUGGACACAUUACCUGCUAACCUUGCAGACGAACACAGAACGCUGGUUAUGGAUCUGUUUAACUGGCUGGUUCAACCAUGUCUGGACUUCAUUUACCAUGAGUGUGGUUUCUUAGUGCAAACUUCACCCAUUCACUUGACCUAUAGUCUGAUGCGUCUCUAUACGUGCCUACUGGAUGAGAUCAAUCAGUCGGGACAGGAAGGAAGAGAACCAAUGACGGGUCAGCAUGUGACGCUGUGGCUGCAGGGCCUGUUCCUCUUCGCUGUGGUGUGGAGUUUGGGCGGCACCAUCAACGGCCACAGCAGGAAGAAGUUUGAUGCGUUCUACCGAAAUCUCAUCAUGGGUGCGAUCGCCAAUCACCCGCGACCCCAGAGUGUGAAACUCACCAAGAACAAUGUUUUCCCUGAGAGAGGUACUGUUUACGAUUACUAUUUUCAUAAGCAGGGGAACGGUCAGUGGAACAGCUGGACCGAAUCUAUCAGCGCAGAGGACAGAGUCAUUCCUGCAAAUGCAAAAGUGUCUGAUCUCAUCAUACCUACAGCAGAAACAUCACGACAGCUCUUCUUCCUCAGGACGUAUCUGUCACACGAGGUACCCAUGCUGAUCGUCGGAGCCACAGGAACGGGCAAGUCUGCAAUCAACAACAACUUUUUGAUGUCUCUUCCCAAAGAGAGAUACACCCCCAACUGCAUCAACUUCUCCGCCCGGACCUCUGCCAAUCAGACCCAGGAAAUCAUCAUGUCCAAAAUGGACCGCCGGCGCAAAGGAGUGUUUGGCCCACCGAUGGGCAAGAAAUGCAUCAUCUAUGUUGAUGAUCUGAACAUGCCUGCAAAGGAAGUGUAUGGAGCUCAGCCUCCCAUUGAACUGCUCAGGCAGUGGAUCGACCACCGGCACUGGUAUGAUAAAAAAGACACGUCCAGGUUGGACAUCGAGGAUGUUCUGUUUAUGGCAGCGAUGGGGCCACCUGGUGGAGGGAGAAAUGACAUUACAGGACGAUUCACACGUCACUUAAACAUUUUAUCGAUCGAUUCGUUUGAUGAUGAGACACUAAGCAGCAUCUUCACUUCUAUCAGCGACUGGCACUUCAGUAACGGAUUUGACGCCUCUUUUUGCAGGCUGGGUAAAAUCAUGGUUCAAGCCACGAUGGCAGUGUAUAAGGACGCAAUAGAGAGUUUCCUGCCAACUCCAUCCAAAUCUCACUAUAUCUUCAACCUACGAGAUUUUGCUCGAGUGAUUCGGGGGGUAAUGCUGUGCCCAUCAACACACCUGCAGGAAGGUGAUAAAUUAAUCCGAUUAUGGAUCCAUGAGGUGUAUCGUGUGUUUUAUGAUCGACUGAUUGAUAAUCAGGACAGAGACCUAUUUUUUAAUAUUGUUAAAGAGAAGACGUCAGCGUAUUUCAAACAGAGCCUUGAUAAGGUCCUGGGGCAUCUCACUUUGUCUGGUAAAGUUGAAGAUGACAGCAUUCGCAGUCUGUUUUUUGGUGACUACGCCAAACCAGACUCGGCCAGUAAACCGUACGAUGAGAUCACUGAUAUGCGAGCCCUAACAGAAGUGAUGGACUUCUACCUUAAAGAGUUUAAUAACAUCAGCAAAGCACCCAUGAACCUCGUCAUGUUUCAAUUCGCCAUCGAACACAUCUCAAGAAUCUGCCGCGUGCUAAAACAAGAUAAUGGGCACCUGCUGCUGGUCGGCAUCGGGGGCUCGGGGAGGCAGAGCGUCACUAAACUCGCCACCUUCAUUAAUGACUACGAGCUGUUUCAGAUCGAAUUGACCAAGAACUACAGCAUGUCCGACUGGCGCGACAGCCUGAAACACCUGAUGAUAAAAGCAGGGAUUGAAGGGAAGAAAACCACGUUUCUGUUCAGCGACAACCAGAUAAAAGAUGAAGCCUUUGUUGAGGACAUUAAUAUGCUGCUGAACACUGGAGACGUGCCGAAUAUCUUCCCAGCGGACGAGCGUGCUGACAUCAUCGAAAAAAUUCAAGGAAUCGUCCAAUUGGAAGGGAGGAAGAUUGACAUCACACCACUGUCCAUGUAUAACUUCUUCAUUGACAGAGUCAAAGCUAACCUUCAUAUUGUUCUUGCCAUGAGUCCGAUUGGGGAGGGUUUCCGCAAUCGGCUGAGGAUGUUUCCAUCCCUGAUCAACUGCUGCACCAUAGACUGGUUUCAAGCCUGGCCGAAAGAUGCGCUGGAGAUGGUUGCCAACAAGUUUCUUGAGGAUCUGGACCUGGAGGAUAACAUCAGGACCGAGGUGGUUGAAAUGUGUAAAACAUUUCAGGAGAGUGUGAGGGAGUUGUCAGAGCGAUACUACUCGCAGCUGCGCAGACAUAAUUACGUCACUCCUACCUCUUAUCUAGAACUCAUCCUAACCUUCAAAGCAUUGCUGACCUCCAAACGCAGCGAGGUGAACAACCUCAGGAACCGCUACAUAGUCGGCCUGCAAAAACUUGACUUUGCCGCCUCUCAGGUAGCUGUCAUGCAGCAGGAGCUCACAGCGCUGCAGCCAGAACUGAUCGAGACAGCAAAGCAGACUGAUCAGAUGAUGGUGAAGAUUGAGAAAGAGACUGUAGAGGUGGAUGCUAAGAAAGAGCUUGUCAGCGCUGAUGAGAAAGUCGCCAAUGACGCAGCAGCCGCUGCUAAAGCCAUCAAGGAUGAGUGUGAGGGGGAUCUUGCAGAGGCGAUGCCGGCACUGGAAGCGGCUCUUGCAGCUCUGGACACGCUGAAGCCAGCUGAUAUUACUGUCCUGAAGACCAUGCAGAAUCCUCCAGGUGCUGUCAAACUUGUCAUGGAGUCCAUCUGUGUCAUGAAGGGCAUUAGACCAGAAAGGAAACAAGAUCCUGGUGGAUCAGGAAAGAUGAUUGAGGACUUCUGGGGACCCUCGAAGAAGCUUCUGGGUGACUUAAAAUUCCUGGAGAGCCUCAAGACGUUCAACAAGGACAGUAUACCUGCUGCAAACAUCAAGAAAAUCAGAGAGAAGUUUAUAGACCAUCCAGAUUUUCAGCCCUCGAUAAUCAAGAGCGUGUCUUCUGCCUGCGAAGGGCUCUGCAAAUGGGUGCGUGCCAUGGAAGUGUACGAGCGUGUGGCGAAGAUCGUCGCCCCCAAAAAGGAGCGGUUGCAGGCGGCAGAAGCAGAGCUAUCCGUUCAGAUGAAGAUGCUGGCCGUGAAGCGAGCCGAGCUGAAAGAAGUGGAGGAUCGUCUACAGGCUCUGAAUAACACUUUCGACGGGAUGAUACAGAAGAAGAAGGACCUGGAGGAAAACAUCGAGCUCUGUUCUCAGAAACUUAUACGGGCUGAGAAACUGAUUGGAGGUCUGGGUGGAGAGAAGGACAGGUGGACAGAGUCGGCAAGACUGCUAGGCAUCAAGUACACAGACCUGACAGGCGACGUGCUGUUGUCCUCGGCCACAGUGUCGUACCUCGGCGCGUUCACCGUGGACUACCGUGUGGAUUGUCAGCGAGAGUGGCACGAGCUCUGCUGUAAGAAAAAGGUGCCAUGUUCGAAAGACUUCACGCUUGGCAACACUCUUGGAAAUCAGGUGCUGAUCCGGACCUGGCAGAUCGCUGGAUUACCCGUGGACUCUUUUUCCACCGAUAACGGAAUCAUUGUCUCAAACUCUCGCCGAUGGCCUCUCAUGAUCGACCCGCAGGGACAAGCCAACAAGUGGAUCAAGAACAUGAACAAGGCUAACAAACUCUCAGUCAUUAAACUCUCAGACGCCAACUACAUCCGUACCCUCGAGAACGCCAUACAGUUCGGCACGCCGGUCCUCCUCGAAAACAUUGGCGAGGAGCUGGAUGCGGUUUUAGAGCCGGUUCUUCUGAAGCAGACCUUUAAGCAACAGGGCGUGGAGUACAUGAGACUGGGUGAGAACACCGUGGAAUAUUCAAGCGAGUUUCGGUUCUACAUAACAACAGGAUUGAGGAACCCGCACUACCUACCGGAGGUGGCGGUGAAAGUUUGCCUUUUGAACUUCAUGAUCACGCCUUUGGGGCUUGAAGAUCAGCUGUUGGGGAUUGUUGCAGCAAAGGAGAAACCGGAACUGGAGGAGAAGAAGAAUCAACUGAUCCUCGAAAGUGCAGAAAACAACAAACAGUUAAAAGAGAUCGAGAACAGAAUCCUGCAGGUCCUUUCUUCUUCCGAAGGAAACAUUUUGGAGGACGAGACUGCCAUCGAUGUUCUUUCAUCAUCUAAAAUCUUGUCAGAGGACAUCUCCGAGAAGCAAAAAAUUGCAAGCGUGACCGAAAGUGAAAUUGAUGAAACAAGGAUGGGUUACAGACCGGUUGCGGAGCAGUCAUCCAUUUUGUUCUUCUGUAUUUCAGAUCUGGCAAACAUCGAUCCGAUGUAUCAGUAUUCUCUCGCGUGGUUUAUCAAUCUGUACCUGCACUCGAUCGCUCACAGUCCUCCCAGCGAUGACCUCCAGAUCCGCAUAUCCAACAUCCUGAAUCACUUCACCAUGCGUGUCUAUCAUAAUGUCUGUCGCUCUCUAUUUGAGAAAGACAAGCUCCUCUUCUAUCUUCUUCUGACUGUUGGGAUCAUGCAAGGCAGAGGUCAGGUGGACGAUCUUGUCUGGCGCUUCCUUCUCACAGGAGGUGUCGCUCUCGAAAACCCGUACCCAAACCCAGCUCCUGAGUGGCUAUCAGGGAAAUCUUGGUCAGAGAUAGUCCGAGCUUCCCAACUUCCACAUCUGGUUGGAUUCUUUGAACAUGUACGGGAGAAUAUUACACUGUGGAAACAUAUAUACGACUCGAGUCAUCCGCAUGAAGAGAGCUUACCAGGGAAUUGGAACGCAGUGGUGGGAAUGGAUCGCAUGGUGGUGCUGCGUUGCUUCAGGCCGGAUAAACUGGUGCUGGCUGUGCAACAGUUCAUCGUGGACAAUAUGGGCCGAGCGUACAUCGAGCCACCGACGUUUGAUCUGGCGGAAAGCUACAAUGACUCAAACUGCUGUUCACCACUCAUCUUUGUUCUCUCUCCAGGAUCUGACCCGACUGCAGGAUUACUGAAGUUUGCCGACGACUUAAACAUGGGCGGCGGUAAGACCCAGACAAUCUCUUUGGGUCAGGGUCAAGGUCCAGUAGCUGAACAGAUGAUCAGAGAAGCACUGAAAAACGGCACUUGGGUCGUACUGCAGAACUGUCACCUCGCAACAAGCUGGAUGCCCACUUUAGAUAAGAUCUGUGAGGAGCUCAUCACGCCCGAAAACACACACACCAGCUUCAGGCUGUGGUUGACCAGUCAUCCGUCUGAUAAAUUUCCAGUGAGUAUUUUGCAGAAGGGUGUGAAAAUGACAAAUGAACCUCCAAAAGGACUGAGGGCAAACUUACUGCGCUCAUACCUCAGCGACCCCAUCUCAGACCCCGGCUUCUUCAACAGCUCCGCUAAACCAGAGAUCUGGCAGAAACUGCUGUUCGGACUUUGUUUCUUUCAUGCUCUUGUACAGGAGAGGAGAAACUUCGGCCCACUCGGUUGGAAUAUACCAUACGAGUUUAAUGAGUCUGAUUUGCGAAUCAGCAUUCGUCAGAUCCAGAUGUUUCUGGAUGAGUAUGAGGAGGUUCCACUGGAGGCUCUGGCGUAUCUGACAGGUGAGUGUAAUUACGGUGGAAGGGUGACUGAUGAUAAGGACCGGAGACUGCUGAUGUCCCUCCUGUCCAUCUUCUACAGCCGAGAUCUCAUUGAACAGAACAACUAUCGUGUGUGUGAGGAAGAUCUGUACUAUGUGCCGUCACACGGUCCCUACCAGGGUUAUGUUGACUAUAUCCGUAACCUGCCAAUCAGUGCAGAGCCUGAAGUCUUUGGCCUUCAUAGCAAUGCAAAUAUCACCAAAGACAACCAGGAGACCAAUCAGCUCUUAGAUGGAGUGUUGCUGACUCUACCGCGACAGACAAAAGGCGGAGCCAAGUCACCACAGGAGGUAGUAGAUGAGUUGGCCGAGGGACUGUUGGCUAAGCUGCCUAGUGAGUUCGAUAUUGAAAAGGUGACGGAUAAAUAUCCUCUCCUGCGUGAGGAGUCCAUGAACACCGUCUUACGGCAGGAACUCAUUCGUUUUAACAGGCUGUCAAAGGUGGUGCGUAGCAGCCUGUUUAACACCCGGAGGGCACUUAAAGGGCAGGUCGUGAUGUCUGCGGAGUUGGAGGAUGUUUUCAACAGUCUGCUCGUAGGGAAAGUUCCAGCAAUGUGGGCCGCAAAAUCUUACCCGUCCCUCAAACCUCUCGGGAGCUACAUGUCGGACUUCCUCGCCAGGCUUCAGUUUCUACAGGACUGGAUUGAUAACGGUCCUCCAGUGGUCUUCUGGAUAUCUGCUUUUUACUUCACUCAAUCUUUUCUCACCGGUGUGUCUCAGAACUUCGCCCGCAAAUCCAAGAUCCCGAUCGACUACAUCGGCUUUGAGUUUGAGGUGUGUAAACAGGAAACUAAUAUGGAUAAGAAGCCAGAUGACGGAGCUUACGUCCAGGGUUUCUUCCUCGAGGGAGCGCGAUGGGAUCGUGAGCAGAUGGUCAUCAGCGAGUCCGUCCCUAAAGUUCUGUUCGAUCCGCUGCCCGUAAUCUGGUUAAAGCCCGGAGAAAGCGCCACGUUCCUGCACGAGAACGUUUACGUCUGCCCGGUUUACAAGACCAGCGCCAGACGUGGGACUCUCUCCACCACUGGCCAUUCCACAAACUAUGUGCUCUCCAUAGAGUUGCCCUCCGACCGGCCUCAGGAACACUGGAUCAACCGUGGGGUCGCCUGCCUGUGCCAACUAGAUAACUAGACACUGGAAACAUAUUUGGGUUUACAUUUUAAUGUGCCAAGCGCAAAAACACCACAACACUGAUUAACAUAUGUUAACUUAUAAUAGAGUAAUAAAACUUAUUGAGCAU